CUCAGACAUGUUCUCUUGUUCCGCGGCCACCUCCACACAUUGUACUGGCUAGGCAUUACAACUUAUCUUAUCUUUUAUCACUUUCUUUUCUGUGGAUCCUUAUAAAAACUCCUUAGAUUGCCUUUAGUGCUGUGAGUUGCUACAUAUGUUGUUGUUGUUGUUGUUGUUGUUCGUUCUUGUUCUUUCUUCAUUACUUUUUUAUUAUUUUUAACGACCUCCACGUCACGCCAAGCAUAGUAACACCCCCCCCCCUCUCUCUCUCUCUCUCUCUCUCUUGUACGUCAUCAGGGGCUCCGUGUGGGUAGAGAGGAGCGUGACAUCGCAAAAAUUACCCGACCAAAAUCAAACGGCUGGAAUUGGUUUGGGUUUGCAAUGUUUCAAAACUUUUUUUUUCCCUCGGUACAGUAGACACAACUUUUUCUUUUCCACCGCCUUGUCCUUUUCUCUCUUUGUCUCUCUCUACCUGUCUCGUGUGUGUGUGUGUGUGUGUGUGUGUGUCGUAACAAAACACUGCCGGAGGGUGCAGGGAUCAGUGGUCAUUCGGCACUGGAAGGGGACAUGCGGGUAACUUUCUCGAGGCUCCUUCCCCUCCUGACGGUGUUCACAUCCGCGACUGUGGAAGCUCGAUGGGUCCUGCAGUACCUCCCAGAUGACGGGGAGUCUCAGGCAAGUGAUGGGAGCGGUGGGAUGAAGGGCUCGAUACAGGUGACAGUUCGACGCCUCCCAGAUGGCAGUCCCCAGGUCACCUGCUACCGGACGUCCAGAUCGAAUAGAAAAGGAUACAUUAACUUUAACCUGCAAGACUCGCACACCCUCGGCCAGUACUCAGUGCAGGUUGAUGAGGCCAGGAGCGGGGAGGUGUCGUGCCAGCUGGUGCCGCCUGAGGAGGUCACACGUCACCACAGGGAGAGAUACAAUGAUAAACCGUCAGCAAGAAUCAAUACAAACUCACGGAAAGAUAACAUAGGCAACCCGUCAAAUCUGAAGUCUUCUGAUGCUACUGAUACUGGAACCACAUUGCCAGGAACUCCAGCAGCACUUCGCCAACAUGACUGGACGAGUGACACAAGCAAUCCGUCGACAAAUCUAGAUUCCACUAACGUUUCUGACAUUAGAACCUCAUUGCCUUCAAUAAUAAGUGCGCCAGGAAUUCCAGCUGCACUUCGGCAACGGUAUGAAAAGCUCGCGACCUGCAUGCAAGAAAGUGGUCUCCUCCCUGACCAAGCAAGCCAUACUAUGUAUGAGGCAGGGGUUAGAUUUGUAGCGUCCCCUAGCAAGCUCUCUCCGACUCUCAAGCACUACGUGUGUCUGGUGUAUGAUGACACUGCUUCCUGGGACAGUCCCCCUCCCAGUACCCCUUCCAUCAGACCUUCCAGUUCACCAAUAGGGAAAAAACAUCCACUUACACCUCCCAGUGCACCUUCCAGUACACCUUCCAGUAUACAUUAUAGUCCACUAACAGGAGAAAGGCAACAACCAGCACCUUCCAGCACGCCCUCCGGUACAUCUCUCACGCCUUCCGAGUCUUCCGCACCUUAUGACACUAGUACAGUCACCACACUCGAAACUCCACAGCAAGAAGCAAUGGGUGGAAUAAUGGCACGCAUCAACUUUUUACCCCAUGCAUCAAGAUCAUUCUCUACUGAAACCUCACCUGAGAAUGAGAAGGAACCAACUGACCAACCAAUGUCUCCAAGCCCACCUGCCACACUCAGUACAUCCAAGGAAGCAGGAUCGGAACUCAUCAGUCUACCAUUAACAACAGGCUCACCUGCCACGUUAAGUACAUUCAAAGAAGCUAGAUUUGAACCCACGACUGGAGUACAAGAACCACUGCAUUUGUACACACCAAGAAUGGGACGAUACUUUACUUCCCAACCAAGAAUAGCAGAGUCAGAUUUCACCCUCAGCAUGUCCUCCACCCAUGCCACAACCUCACCGCCAAAGGAACUAGACUCAGCGACUCCCAUUCCUACUACUAGUGAACCAGUAUCUCCUGCUAUAAGUGAUACCGAAGAGACUGUAGCUUCCACUGUCGAAAGCCCUGCAACUUCUACUUUAAGCAUAGACACUGCAAAUAAGGGGCCAACUUCUCGUUCAGAAACAGAGGCAACAAGUCCUUCAGUCCCCUCCAGUCUACAUGCUGCAUCUUCUGUAACCUUAGAAUCGUAUGAGUCAAGGCAAGAGGAUAUCACCCCUGACACCAUCAAUUCCCUGGACACGGAGGCAUCUGGUUCACUUCCCGCAGUUCACCCACAUUUUGAACCCAGUAUAGCAAAUAUUCCCCGUCAAGAACCAACCAACAAGCUUCUGAUAUCUACACCAACAUCACCCAGCGCACUCGAAAGACUUCAUACGGCUGAUACCGCUGAUGAAACACAAUUAAGUACGCCUGUAUCUGAACCCAUCACUCUUUCGGAGCAAACAGUGACUGGCACACGAACAAUACCUAGUGUACCUCCCAUUAGCACACCCUUCCCUUCCUAUCUGCCGAGAAUGAACGCUGCCACCACUCGUAGUAAGGAAGAGGUGACCGUUGUACCAUUGGAGCAUCAUUCAGUUCAUCCCUGGCUCACAGCUUACCCUCAACCUGACUAUCUGCCGACACACAAACCAGACAGUGAAAUAAUACCUCCGUGGCACAUGGCUUAUCCCCACCUGAAGGUUCUGCAGUUAGACGAACCCAGCAGGGAGAGUGUACCUUCCAGUGUCACGGAUUAUCCCAACACGAACUUGCUGGAGACAUACAAACCAAUAGUAGAAGCUGGGACUCCCAUUACUGAGCACUCUACCACUUCUCUACCAAUAGUAACCAGACCAAUAUUACCUUCCACAGUUCCCACAAACUUACCAACGCGCGUGUCAGGUUCAUUCACUCCCAUAAAGAAACCAGUGCAUGAAACUGAAUCUACGGAGAGUCAGACCGAGACUAUCCCUUACGAAGACAUGCUUGUAACUGAUAUGGACUCUGGAGACGGUCAGCUGAUAACUCCCAAAUUACAGGGCACUUUUAAACCUCCCGCACAUGAGAUAAUUACCAUAGGUGUUCCCUUUCAUGACUCCACGACAGAGAUAACUGAAUCUUUUUCUCAUGAGGCAGAGAUAAAUGACACUAUAGAUGAACCCACUAUAUCUUAUGAAUCUACAAUGAACCCUACGUAUUCUUAUCAGACAGAGAUAAUUCAACUUUCAACUGAACCCACGAGCUCCCACGAGAUAGAGACUAAUGAACCCACUACAGUUCAUGAUGCAGAGAUAACUGAACGUAAAAUCGAACCCAUCACCUCUCAUGAGACAGAGGUAACUGAACCCAUUUUUUCUCAUGAGACAGCAGCGAUAACUGAACCUCCUUCCUUGGCAGAGAUUACUGAACCCACGAUUGAACCCAUUUCUCCCAAGGCAAAGAUAACUGAGCACACUAUUUCUCAAGAGGCGGAGUUUACUGAACCCAUUUUUGAGCCAACCACUUCUCGAGAGGCAGAAAUAACCAAAUCUAUAACUGAACCUUUUAUUUCACAUGGAACAAUAUUCACUACUCUUCAUGAAACAGAGAUUGAACCCAUAACGGAAACCCCUUUUGAUGCACAGAUGAAUGAAACCACUUCUUAUGAGGGAGAGACAGUUGAAGCUACACUCAAAUCUUUGAGUUCUCAUGAAAUAGAGACAUUUGAACCUACCAUUGAACUCAGCUCCUCUCACGAGACAGAGGCACCUAGACCCACUGCCGCUCAUAAAGCAGGUAUAUUUGAACCUACAACUGAACCUACCUUAUAUGAGAGAGAGAUGACUGAACCUAGUAUUCCUCAUGAAGGAGAGAUAAUUGAACCUACAAAUGAACUUGCUACUACUUAUGACUCAGAAAUUAAUGAACCCAAAUUUGAACUCACUACUCACGAGACGCAGACAAAUGAACCCAAAUUUGAACUCACUACUAUUCCUCAAGAUGCAGAGAUGGAAUUCAGUCACGCAGGAACUACCACUAUGCAAGCCACACCUCACAUCGCAGUCUCCUACGUAACGGGCACAAGUCACUCCAUCUCUACCACCAUUUCCACAACACCCACUCCGCCGGGCACUGUCAGGGUACCCCCCACUCUUCCUGACGAUCUUGUAACUCCCGCAGGAAGUACAAGUGCAGAGUUUCGAGGGAGUGACACUGAGUACAAGACAACUAGUUCACCGGAAAGCCACGUCUCUCAUCCCCUAUCUUCUAGCGGGCCUACUGUAGCCACUGCGUCAGUCUCACCCCAUCCUCUCGUAGUCAUCACCAAACAGAAGAACAUACCCUGUGAUUUUUCGUUCAUGAAAUACUUCUUCGAUCACAUGUCGCCGCCUUGUCGUUCCGAGCUCCUGAGGAUUUUGACCCUAUCGGUGAAUUCCAGUUUUGGUGGAGUGAGUGUGUAGUGUGUGUAGACUAAGAGGUUGGGGAAAUGUGAGUGUGUCAGGUAGUUUAGCUUGAAGUGUUUCUGUGUCCACGAAGAAGGGCAUCCAUAAGUGAUAUCUGGUGUUGUGGGAGUGACUGUGUAGUGUGUGUAGACUAAAAGGUUGGGGAGUGUGAGUGUGGUGGGUAGUUAGGCUCGAAGUGUCAAUAAGUGGAGCAAGCAUCAAGUGAGGGCAUGAGUCAGUGAAUUCUUGCAUUUGGGUGCGCAGACAAUGUAAGGUUGUGGAGUGUGACUGUCGUGGGUAGAUGGGCUCGAAGUGUCAAUAUGUGGAGCAAGCAGCGAGUGAGGAGAUUUGGGUGCGCAGACAAUGUAAGCCUGGGGAGUGUGACUGUCUUGGGUAGUUGAGCUCGAAGUGCUUGUGUGUUCCUAUCCUGAAGAACCUGUUGUCAAUACGUGGAACAAUCAGCGAGUGAAAGCAUCAGUCAGUGGCAGUGUUACUUUGUUCGUGCGUCGUGACAAAACUGCAGUGACUGACGUGGUGACACAGAGCACAGUAUUGUGGUUAGGAAGCUCAGGGUCACGUCAAUUUUCCCUUCUACUCACACUUUACAA